GGCUUCCACUACCAACGGUCUUCUCGGCGGUUGACCCUUCGCGACCAAGGCAAUCGAGCAAGGGCAAGAUGGUCAUUCAAUCUGCACCCUCGCAUAUAAGAAGAAAAAGAAGAAAGGAGUGAAAUUUGAGGCCACUUUUCUCUCGAUUUUUUGAGUUCGCUCCCGAUUUUUCCAAUGGAAAGCAGCGGCGGCGGCGAAUGGCGAAAAGGAAGAUGGAGAGACAGUGACGGCGAUGAAAGAGGGAGUGGAGGAGACAAAGAGAUAGGAAGAGGCGGUUGGGGAAGUUAUGGUGGUUCCAGGGGUGGUGGUGGUAGAGGGUCCCAGUACCACCGUCAACAACCACCGCAGGAGCAGCAUGAUAACAAGUGGGGCCGUCCGGGGAGACCUUCUCCAUGGAGCGGUAGGCCCAACAGAGCGUGGGUGUCCACAGCGCCCACCCCUGCAUCUCCAGCCCUAGCGAACUCUCCUCCUACUUCCCCUCCUCCUCCUGAUACUUUUGUUCCUCGAUUGCGAUCUCUGGAAAUUUCGAAACAGACGCCUCCUUCAUCUUCUUCGGGCAAUGCAGACAAGAAUCUCUCAGCAAAACGGCCAGACAACGGAGGCACAAAAGCUAUCCAAACUGUUAUGCUUCGUUCUAAUCAUUUUAAUAUCUCGUUCAAUCCUGAGAGUAUCAUAAUGCACUACGGUGUUGAUGUCAAAUCAGAGACCCCUGCUCCUAAUCAUAUGAAAAUUUCCAAGUCUGAGCUCUCUGCAAUCAGGAAGAAGCUAUCCUCUGAUAAACCUACGGACUUUCCAUUGUCAAGUACUGCAUACGAUGGUGAAAAGAACAUCUUCAGUGCAGUGCGGUUGCCCACUGGAUCAUUUAAGGUAGAGGUUCCUGAUGAAGAAGACACGCGGUUUACUACAUACAUAUUUACUAUAAAGUUAGUAAACGAGCUCAAGCUUUGCAAGUUGAAGGAGUACAUGAGUGGCCACCUAUUGUCUAUCCCUCGUGAUAUAUUACACGGUAUGGAUUUGGUGAUGAAAGAGAAUCCAAGUAGGCGCUUGAUUGCUGUUGGGCGAAACUAUUACCCUGUGGAUACUAGUCUAAACGAUGACCUUGGACAUGGUAUUUCUGCAUCUAGAGGGUUUCAAGAUUCUGUAAGGCUCACUUCCCAAGGUCCUUCCCUGUGUCUUGACUACUCAGUCCUGGCAUUUUAUAAGCGCUUGCCAGUUAUAGAUUUUCUCCAAGAGCAGAUUACGGGUUUUACUUUAAAUAAUUUCGAGAGGUUUAGGAGAGAGGUUGAGCGUGUGUUGAGAGGACUGAAAGUAACUGUGAUGCACCGUAAAACCAAGCAAAAGUACAUCAUCAAGGGGCUGACUGAUAAGAAUGCAGGAGAUAUUACAUUUUAUGAUGUAGACAUAGAUGGCCAGUUUCCGCCAAGGAAAGUUAGACUUGUCGAUUAUUUCAGGGAAAGAUACAAGGGAAUCCAGUAUAAAGACAUUCCUUGCUUGGAUUUGGGGAAAAAUGGUAGAAGGAACGAUACACCUAUGGAGUUCUGUGUGUUAGCUGAGGGGCAAAAGUAUUCAAAGGAGCGCUUGACAGAAGCAGCCAUGAUGUUGAGGAGUAGGUCAUUGGCUCAACCGCGUGAUAGGCAGAGGAAGAUAUGCGACAUUAUACAAUCUGAUGAUGGACCCUGUGGUGGUGGCAUAAUUGAAAAUUUUGGAAUUGAAAUUAACAAGAAUAUGACACCAGUAACAGGGCGUGUCAUUGGCCCACCAGAAUUGAAGUUCGGUGCUUCUGAUGGCAAGGUGAAUAAGGUAACCGUUGACAGAGAGAAAUGCAACUGGAAUCUGAUUGGAAAGUCUGUAAUGGAAGGAAAACCAAUCAAUCGCUGGGCUUUACUUGACUUCACCUGUCAUGAUCGAUUUGUACUGAACCACGGCUUCAUCCCAAAGCUCAUCAAUCGGUGCAAUGAGCUGGGAAUCAGAAUGGAAGAGCCUCUUUCAUACCAAGGCACUACAAUGAGACCCUUCUCUAGUGUUCAGAUGCUUCGCCAGGUACUUGAAAGUGUUAAUGAAGAGGUACACAAGAAAGGAAAAGGCUACUUGCAAUUAAUUAUUUGUGUAAUGCCUAGAAGAGAUCCUGGUUACAAGUAUCUGAAGUGGAUCUCCGAGACUCAAAUUGGUAUAGUGACACAGUGCUGCUUGUCAAAUAUGGCCAACAAAGCAAAUGAAAAGUAUCUUGGAAACCUUGCACUUAAGAUUAAUGCAAAGCUUGGAGGUAGUAAUGUAGAGCUAAUUGAUCGGCUCCCCCUCUUUGGGGGUGCAGGCCAUGUUAUGUUUAUGGGGGCCGAUGUCAAUCAUCCUGCUGCGCAAAACAAAAAAAGUCCAUCAAUUGCGGCUGUUGUUGCCACUGUAAACUGGCCUGCUUUGAAUCGUUAUGCUGCACGAGUUCGACCCCAGCAACACCGUAGCGAAAGGAUAUUGAGUUUUGGAGACAUGUGCCUGGAGCUUGUUGAAACUUAUGAGCGAUUGAAUAAAGUCAAGCCAGACAGAAUUGUUGUCUUCCGUGAUGGAGUCAGUGAGGGCCAGUUUGAUAUGGUUCUAAAUGAAGAGUUACUAGAUAUGAAGAGGGCUUUCGGAUGUAAAAAAUACUAUCCUACCAUAACACUUGUUGUUGCCCAAAAGCGGCACCAUACUCGUUUGUUUCUAGAGAAUGUGAAGGAUGGGAGUCCAACAUGCAAUGUGUUACCGGGAACUGUUGUGGAUACAACAAUCGUGCACCCGUUUGAGUUUGACUUUUAUCUUUGCAGUCAUUAUGGAUCCCUCGGAACAAGCAAACCCACACACUACUAUGUUCUUUGGGAUGAGCAUAGGUUUACCUCUGACCAAUUGCAGAAGCUCAUUUAUGACUUAUGCUUCACCUUAGCAAGGUGUACUAAACCUGUAGCUUUGGUACCACCGGUAUACUAUGCUGACCUUGUUGCAUAUAGAGGGCGGUUAUACCAUGAGAGUAUCGAGCGACAGUCUCGAGAUUCAGUAUCUUCCUCCUCCUACUAUUCCUCAUCAUCAUCAGCAGCAGCAGCAUUGGCAUCGUCACCACACUCAGUGGCUUCUCUAGAUGAUAAGUUUUAUAAAUUGCAUGCUGACCUGGAAAACAUAAUGUUUUUCAUAUGAAGGUCGAAGCUCGUUCCCAUGAUCUAUUUUUUUUUUGUGGAACAGGACGGAUAUGGUUCUGUAAGUUGGCAAACCAGGAUGCAAUUCCAACUUCCUGAAAAAGGGUUUGUGUGUGAAUCUAAUGGUUUUUUUAAUCGAAAUGGUAUGUUAAGCAUUUUCAUUGUAGUUAGUAUGUUAGAUCUUGUGUGUUCUUUAGUGGUUCCAAAUCGUUUUGAGCA